AUGGAGUGUCCUCAUACCUAUCUAGAUACUCUCCGACCCCCCAGACCUAACCAGAGUGUCUACCGCGAAGACUGCACCCAAUGUUUCGAUUCCAUAGACGAUGAAGCUGGUCUUGACGUCUGCCUGCAUUGCUUCAAUGGUGGCUGCGCAGGAGAUCGUAACCACUCUCUACUCCACUACUCCUCUACGGAACACCCACUCGUUCUAAACAUCAAACGAACCCGGAAACAAGUCCAACGAGAUGAGCCCCCACCAAAGCUCACCAAACUCGCCAUUGCCGCGGAAACAGAGGAGGACAAGUAUGAUACAGUGACAAGAGUCAAGUGCUAUGCAUGUCAAAUACAAGAUCUGAAUAAGGACUCGGGAAAUCUACCUGCAGUUGUGGAUGGAGUCAUGAAGGCCAUGACUUUUGCCAAAUCAGAAGAAGUCAAGGCAUGGGAGCAAGAGUUUACGCCGUGCGAACACACUCUCUGUCUGGAGCAGCAGCCUAGCCGACAGAUUGAAUCACAAAACCUGGGUUCAUGUUCCAUGUGUGAUCUAAAGGAGAACCUGUGGCUCUGCCUGGAAUGUGGUAAUCUUGGGUGUGGCCGCGCACAGUUCGGUGGUAUUGGUGGCAACUCCCAUGGCUUGGGUCAUGCAACAGAGACCGGUCAUGCUGUUGCCGUCAAGCUAGGUUCCAUCACCCCAGAAGGCAAUGCCGACGUCUAUUGCUACGAGUGUAACGAGGAGCGGAUUGAUACAGACCUUGCAAAGCACCUCGCUCACUGGGGCAUCAACAUUGCGGAACGGGAAAAGACUGAAAAGAGCCUCAUGGAGAUGCAGGUGGAGCAGAAUUUGAAAUGGGACUUUUCAAUGACAACAGAAGAUGGCAAAGAGCUAUCCCCACUCUUUGGGCCUGGCCUCACUGGUCUAAAGAAUAUUGGCAACAGUUGCUACCUUGCAAGCACUGUACAAUGCCUGUUCGCCUUGCCGGAUUUUCAACAGCGGUACUACCACCCUGACGAACCGCUUCCAGCCACUGAACUCCCUGCCGAAGACCUAGAGACACAGCUGCGGAAGCUCGCUGACGGUAUACUCUCCGGCCGCUAUUCUCGUCCCGAAAACACCGUCCGUGCUACUCCCGACAAUCCGGAAGUACCGCAUCAGAAAGGUCUCUCCCCCGCCAUGUUCAAACACCUGAUCGGACGGGGACAUGAAGAGUUCUCAACUAUGAGGCAACAGGACGCUUUUGAAUUGCUCCUCCAUCUCUUCAAGCUCAUCAAUAUCUCCAACGGAUCUCGCCCUUCCGAAGACCCCGUCCAGUCUUUUCGCUUUGCAUUGGAGCAACGGUUGCAGUGUCUGAACUGCAAGCGAGUGCGAUAUAGAACUGACGAGCAAGACAACAUUUCAAUUCCUGUACCGGUCAGGAGGAAACCAGUAUCAAACGGUGACAGUGAAACAGCAGAUACGACGAAGGGUGCCGAAUUCGAGCCAGUGUCACUCAAGGAAUGCCUGGACAUCUUCACCGCUUCCACUUCCGUGGAAUUGACCUGUCCCGCUUGUAGCUCUAAGGCAGGCUUUUCAAAGUCGUCCAAGUUCAAGACGUUCCCCCGCAACCUCGCAAUCAAUCCUCUUCGCUUCGAAAUCAUCAACUGGGUGCCAACUAAACUCGAUAUCCCUGUUCAAGUAUCAGAUGAGCCGUUGGACCUAAGCAUAUAUAAAUCUUCUGGAUUGCAACCGGGCGAAGAGGAAUUGCCAGAAGAUGCAGACGUGGGAGAGUCUAAAUCGUCUUCAGCUACAUUUAUCCCGAACGAGGCCGCCCUUGAGCAACUUGCGUCUAUGGGUUUCCCUCUAGUACGCUGCGAAAAGGCACUUCACGCUACAGGCAACGCAGACGCCGAGGCCGCCAUGAACUGGCUGUUUUCGCAUAUGGAUGACCCUGAUAUUGACGAACCUCUAAAUCUUGGUGGCAGUAGUGGUGGCGGAACCGGCUCAACUGACGAUGCUGACAAGAUUGCUCAGCUUGGUGAUAUGGGAAUUAGUGUGCCACAAGCACGCAAGGCACUGCGGGAGUGCAAUGGUGAUGUCAACCGAGCUCUAGACUGGGUCUUCAGCCAUCCUGACGAUCAAGGGGAUUUCGGCGAAGAUGUCUCUGCCGCUGCCAGUCAACCGAAGGCACUCCCCGGCAGUGAUCAAUUGCCUGCCAAGUUUGAACUUCAGAGUAUUGUUUGCCACAAAGGCGCCAGCAUUCAUGCCGGUCACUAUGUCGCGUUCAUUCGAAAAUCGAUUCCAGGAGAAGGCAAGGAACGACAGUGGGUUCUCUUCAAUGAUGAAAAGGUUGUCAAGGCGGCGGACGUGGACGAAAUGAAGAAGUUCGCAUACAUCUACUUUUUCCGCAUGGUAUGA